AUGACUUCACUCAACAUCGACGUCAGCGAUAUCCCUGAUCUGACCGGAAAACGAGUCAUUCUCACCGGUGGCUCAUCGGGCAUCGGACUGGCCGCAGCAACGAUCUUUGCACAAAAGGGCGCCACGGUUCUGGAUCUCGAUAUCAACCCGCCCCCAGCGGAUACUCACAGCAGCAUUGAGUAUUACCCUUGCAACGUUUCCAAGUGGUCCGAUUUAAAGCAGGCGUUCCACCACGCCGGCGACAUUGACAUCGCGGUGUCAAAUGCCGGGGUGUCCGAAGAGACCGACUACUUCGCCGACACGUUCGAUGAAAAUGAUGAACUGCUCGAGCCGAAAUAUGGCGUGUUGGACGUCAACCUGCGUGGUGUUCUGAAUUUUACCAAGCUGGCGUUGAGCCACUCCCGACACCGCAAAUGCCCUGGUAGCAUCGUCAUCACGUCCAGCGCGACUGCCUAUGCACCGGAGCAGUCGUUACCGGUGUACGGGGCCUCCAAGUUUGCUCUCAUCGGGCUCCUUCGAGCACUCCGUUCGGCUAUCCGCACCGAAGACAUCACCAUCAACAGCGUGGCCCCGGCCGCGACCAUCACCGCACUGUUGCCGGGUAAUCUGGCUGCGCCAAUCAUCGCAGCAGGGCUCCCAGUGAGUACGGCCGAGUUUGUCGGGCUGGCAGUGGUGUAUUCCGCAGUGGCGCGCCAAAAGCGGUUGGUCGAGGAGUAUGGCAAAGACAGCGGAGACGAUGAGGAGUCCCGGUGGAAUGGUCGCACGAUCUUGACGCUGGGUGAUCGGUAUACGGAGCUGGAGGAGCCUAUUGCUUCUUUACGGCCGCAGUGGUUUGGAGAGGAGAAUACACGGUUGACGCGGUUGCAGCAAACUGCUACGGACUUUCGGAGUAUUUAA